ACACCCAGGUCAGUCAACACUGGGUAUCACACUCUUCACCAUCACCUGCGGCUGAUCACUUAUCAAGAUGUAUCCAAAGUGCGCUGUCGCCUUUUUCCUCGUCGCUGUUAUUUUUGUGACGUAUGCACCAUCAGAGGCCUACGUCAGCUAUGGGGCAGGACAAAAGAAGAGCCAUGACCUGGUCGCUGGCAGUAGACUCCCAGGAGAUCGCCUGGUGCAUCGCGAAUACAUCGUCAGGUCAUCGUCUCGGGGGCAGAUCAGCAUUCAGAGGAUGUUCAGCGCUCCACGAUUCGAGAAGAUCACUCAGGUUCUUGCUCUGGACCAGACCAACAACGGCACUGGAGGAUAUGCCAGCAUCGUCAGAGGUGGGCCCGGUCUGGGCAAUGUUACCCUGAACUUCAAAAGCCAGACGAACUACGGCCUCAGAUUCCUCGUUCAGAUUUACUCCAGACGUUGAUUAUUAAUUCAAAGGUGACGGAAUUAUUCCAAUUGUUUCGUUAAAUCACAGAUCAAAAGUGCCAAACGUCAAUAAAGUUAAUAUUAAUAAUUAACCAAA